AAAAACAAUACCUUGAAAAGACUUGCUAGUGAAAGAUAUAUAUGUAAAUUUUUCCUCAUUGUGCCAAGCCAUGGCGCCUUUCUUUGCUUUACGGUAUUUUCUACAAUUACCCAGUUAGCUGUGAAGUGCCGUGUCAGAGUGUUCUUGAAAAUGCGGCUUUUUCGGCUUUUCAAGCAGAUCGCAGUCGCUGAGUUACCGAUAUCGGCUGUUCUAUUAACUGAUAUGGUAUCAAGACGCAGAAUUUUAUCAAGGUCCAGAGACGACUUGCACAUGGACUCCACUUUUCAACCCCCAGAAGAGGAGGAGGACGUGUGGUACCAGAAGGACAAACUGUACAAGGACCACAUUCAGGAGGUGUUGGACAAAUGGACUCAAAUAGAUGACGAAAUAUGGGCCAAAGUGAUCGUUUUGGAGAGGAACAGAAGGGUGGCAAAGGCCUAUGCCAGAGCACCAGUUCUUACGGUUAACGGAUCAGACGAUGGCUUCGAUGGUUUUCGCAUCGGUUUGUGUGGCUUCGACAAUCCAAUGCGAGAUCAAAAGACGGAAGAAUUCAAGAGGCACAUUGGACAUGGUGUGAAAAUCAAAAUGGACGACGCUGGCAACAUCCUCAUCAAGAGGGUAUCGAAAUGCAACGUCUACAUAAAGAACACCGGGCAAGACGAAGAAAAUUCGAUCGGCAAUGAGAUCCUGAAACUGCCAAAUUGCGCACUAGAAGUAGACAAACCUGUGAAGUUAUUCGAUAUGAAAAAAUUCCAAUCAAAUGUAAAUAGAGAACUGCGAAGGGCAUACCCAGACAGGAGAAGGUUAGAAUGUCAGUGCCUUAGUGCGAUAGCCUUUGUAAAGAAUGAAUCUGAACUGCUGGAAUGUCCGAUAUGGGUACUCAUCAUAAACGUCGUAGCUAUGGAUAUGUUGAAGUCGAAAUUACCUCCAGUUCAACGAGUGAUGGACAUCAAGAACAGGCCCAGAAUCCCAAUACCAGACGAAGAUCCCUACAGCAUAGCCGGAAACGGAAGUGGUUCAUCUGGUAGUUCCGGAUUCAACGGUAACGUAGCAGCGGCUAGGGAGCAGCUGCUCCUCCAGAGCCAACAGCACGCGCAACGCAGAAGCGAGAAACCUCCAAAGCUUCCACCCAGAGAGAACAUGUAUCCUCACGAUAUUCCCAAGCCUGACUACGACGAUCACCAGGGAGAAGAAAACAGAUUGAAGCCAUUCCCCAGUUCAAGAAAGGAAAAAUCCAAAAAUAAAAAAUACGAUGACCCCUACUAUUGCGGAUUGAGAGCAAGGGUUCCAAACUUCGUCUCAAAAUCUAAGACCAAAGAAACAGUACCAACCAAAAGAUUUUCAGUCAAUCAGCCCACACCCCUUCCAAUGAUGCAGCACCAUCAGAUCAACCAUCACAUGCCACCUCACAUGUGGCACACAAGGAGCUAUGAAAGCGGUAUAGACACUGAUGCUAUAGAGUCUCCAUACAACCAAAUUUAUGGCAGAUUACCAAUCCCUACAAGAUCCUACAUCCCCAGUCAACCACAGCGCACCAUGUACAUUGGAGAAUGGGACUAGAGGAAAAUCUUUUGAUUGUUAAACCUGUUUUCAGGCUCAAAAAUAUAUAACUUUAGAGAACUCGAUGCUUUUCGUAUAAGUUAUCGUUUGGAUACACAAAACGUGAUAAUUUCUAGUUGAAUUUGCUUAUAGGAUAUUAUUUGUUUCUUCAAUCAUGUAUCUCACUCGAAAGGUUGUCGUUCUGUAAGUUAGACUUAAUUUGGUCCAUAUUUCAUGAUAUUUUAUUGAAAAAACUUCACCUAUAUCAUGAAAUAUGAAAGCUUCAAGACGCAAUUAGCUUACUACAUAUUUUCUAUAAGGUUUUGUCCAAAUUCUAACUAUCUUUGUUGGAAAGGACAAUAACUAGAAUUCUCUUCUUCAGACAAGUCUGAAGGGUUUAAGAAUGGAUCAAAAAGUUAACAAACUUAGAGAAUUCAUUCCAAACCUAAAACACUGCCUAGCAGCCAGUUCACACGGCCAUCCGGUUUUGACGAAUCAUGAUUGAUACGUUUAGACGCAUACGUUGUGUGCAUACUACACUAUUAUUAGUAAAAAACUGAUCGCCUUGUGAACAGGGGUUACUCGAAAAAAGAAUCUUGAAUAUAUCUCUUAUAAUCAGAUGAUAAGUUAAUAAUGAAUAAGUACGUUGUAUAGAACCAACUUUGUACAUCUUUUUAAUAUUUAGCAAUAUUAUUUUUGUACUUCGAUUUUAGUAUGUAUAAUUUUCUCAAUAUCAUUCAGAUACUGGGCGAAUCAGAAUAAGACCAACUUAGCAUUCAGACUUUUUCUUUGUUCGAGGUGAAAUCUUCAUCCUAUCAACACAUAGUUUGAACAUACUAUAUGAUGAUGGAUGUAUUUUGGGCGUUUCACCUCAACAUGAAAAAUGGUAUCUGAAUAUCAAGACACUAGGUCAUGUUCCUAGUAACAAUGUAGAUGAUGCUCAUAUCCUAUGACAUUGUAAAAAUAAUUUGUAUAGGAUUUUUUUUAUUUAUAUGUAAAAUAUUAAAUGGUGAUGGAAAUCUUCAA